ACCAAAGAGGAGGUGAUAUGUGUCUACUGGAAAUACGAAGGGAAGGAAAGCUCUUGGUCCACCGAAGGCUGCACAAAGUUACACUCCAACCAAACACACACUAUGUGCAGCUGUGACCACCUCUCCAGCUUCGCUGUAUUAAUGGCACUAGACGAAUCACAGAUGCAAGAAAAUGUUGCCUUGACAGUGAUCAACUACAUUGCAGUGAUCGCAUCCCUGGUCUGCCUCAGCCUGGCUAUCUUUACAUUCAUAUUCUGCUGUUCAAUCCAGAAAGCCAACACCACCAUUCACCUGCACCUGAGUGUCUGUCUCUUCCUGGCUCACCUCCUGUUUCUAGUUGGGGAGUCCAGAACCGAAAAGAAGGUGCUGUGUGCAGUCAUAGCUGGGCUCCUGCACUACCUCUUCACGUCCAGUUUUGCCUGGAUGUGCCUGGAGGGAGUGCAGCUCUACCUGCUGGUGAGAAACCUGAAUGUGGUGAAGUACAGCAGCAGGCAGGGGCUGCGAAGGAGGUACCUGCUGCUGGCUGGGUACGGCUCUCCUGCUCUCAUCGUGGCUGUGUCUGCUGGAGUCUUUCCAGAGGGGUAUGGGACCGACAAAUUCUGCUGGCUGAGUCGUGACAGAGGAUUUGUCUGGAGUUUUCUUGGUCCUGUUUGUGUCUCAAUCGCUGUAAACACCAUUCUCUUCAUUGCAAUUCUCUGGACUUUGAGAUCGAAAAUGUGUGGCCUCAACACGGACGUGUCCAAAGUGAAAGACACCAGACUGCUGACUUUCAAAGCCAUUGCGCAUUGCUUCAUCAUGGGCUGUAGCUGGAUCCUGGGAUUCUUUCAAGGAUUGGAGUUCUUCAGAUUUGUGUUUGUCAUUAUUAACUCACUGCAGGGUCCCUUUAUUUUCCUGGUGCACUGUGUACUAAACCAGCAGGUGAGAAUGGAGUAUAGGAAAUGGUUUGGAUGCAUCUACAAACAGAAGGACAGCUCAGAGCUUACAUCUUCUACAGUUCCAAAGGGAAACCUAACGGAUGGAACCACAACAGAGACUGAGCAAUAACUGCAGCUGUAAGCUCAGAGAAGUACAUGUGCAAUGGAGUAAAGAAAGUCAAUAGACAUCACUGUUAAAGAAUGGGUGGGAAAUUGCCCUUCUAAAAUGCAACAUUUACAUUUAGGCAAAAAUCUAACAGGUUUUAUAUAUUUCUGAAAAAAUCACACUCUGUUUUUUGUCCAAAUCUGCAAUAUUUUAAACUUUUCUCUAUUUUGAACCAAGCUGAUUUUUUAAAGGUGAUAACAUAAGGUCACAUUGUGAUAAGCUGCCUAUCCACAAAAUGCGAAUGUCUCCAUUACUUGCCCACCUUCAUGGCACCUAUCCUUUGCAGGCUUUGCGCACAUUUAUUAAAUUAUUUAUGUUUAUACUUCAGUUGAUGUAUUGCUUUUUCUGAAAAAUACAAUAAAACUGCUUACCUACUUGUUUUUAUACACAUUGGUAUGUAAACUUGAUGUUUACAUUAAUGAUGCUCUGCACCUUUGAAUUUCAAAUGCCAAGCCUUCGUUUGUUUUCACCACCAGUUAGGCUCAGACAGGGAGGCUUGUUUACUUGCUUGCUGACUGUCACUCAACACAAACAAUUUAUGCAUUUUAAUACACACUGA